AUGCUUCGUUCUUCUUCUGCAGUGGUGUGGCAAGAGUGGCAGGUGCAUGUCACUUCGACUUCGGCGGAAGUCGGUGGACCGGCGUUGCUCACGUGCGUGGCACCGCCCGCGGUACGAGAGCACGCGACCGUGGCAGCGUGGUACAGGGACGACGCUGUUCUAGCACCGGGGGACCACCUAUCUGGACCAACUUUGUUGGUGGACGAGGGCUGGCGUUUAGUGGUUCGGUCCGUGCGCGUCGACGACUCCAGGGCUCAGUACUCCUGUUCGGUCCUCGACUCGCUGACCGGCGAGAGGCGGAGAAGUACCCCCGUCAACAUAGACGUGGCCCCGAUGAGUGUAGCGUCGGCGCCGCGCUCUAUCUUCCACGGCACGUGGGAGGCGAACGUGCGGCGCGGAGGUGACGUAAUAUUGCCGUGCCUUGUUCACUCGAACCCACCGGCAACGAUCAGG